UUAGACACUUGCUGCUCAACACAUCUCCUUUCGCCGAUGCUAAGACGAAGAAAACAACGACCCCAAUCCCUACCUCCAACUUAACUUCAUCCGAUCUCGAUUUCACGAGAUCAUCAAUACCCGGCUAGCACGGAGUGGUGGCCAUAUUGGACUUUACGAUAGCGUUAGAUGGCUGAUGGUUAUCAGCGAUACCAGCAGGGAGCUGGCCACAGUCUCUGGAACCCCUCGUUAGAGGGGGGUUUUUACAGAGCGCAUAAUCAACGGGCUGCAUCCCCAGUCAGUACCGGCCGAGGCCUUUACGCAAACGACACUCCAUCCCCCUCUCGAUCUCCUGGCCCGCACGCUGGAGCGCACAAUCGAUUCGGGAUGUUCGGUGGGGGCCACAAUGCCAACCAGCGCAACAUUCUCCAAAAUGGCAUGGGAGCGGCGCAAUAUGCCCUUCAUAUGAACUCCACCAGAGGCUUCCAGGGCCAUGGUCAACAAGCGCAUACACCACACGCCCAACACCAGGACCACGCGACGCCGAAUUCUCGACACAACUUUCCGAACCAUCAACAUAACCUCUCUGGCAGCGAAGCUCAACCUCACGCGCAACAGCCGCACGGAAUCGCUCAGUAUGUUAGCACAGAAAUGGCGAAAAACUACGGUGAGAAUUAUACCAUGCAACUUCAGGCAUACCAGCAAUCCGCGGAGAUGAGCGGUCCGAAUGCCCACGCGAGAAGUCACGGAGGACAGAGGAGCAUGAUUGCAGCGGCAACGAAUGGUCUCACCAAAGAGAGGGAUAAGGAGGAGCGCAACCGUGGCAGUCAUAUCAGCGUGGAGGUUAAUGGGUCAAAACUCUACUUCGAUGCUAUCGACGUUGGCGGCCACAAGAUCCGAAACCUUUCUCCUUCUCUGUUCAAUUAUACGUUCCUCACGCGACUCAUCCUCAACCACAACAGCCUGCAAUACCUCCCCUCGCAAAUCGGCCGUUUGAGAGGGCUCAUCCAGCUUGAUGUAUCAUUCAACCAUCUACGAGAGUUACCUCCGGAGAUUGGAAUGCUGACCAACCUGCGCGAACUGCUCCUAUUCCGAAACUAUCUCGAAGUCUUACCACCGGAGCUGGGAUGUCUGUAUCAGCUGGAAAUGCUGGGUGUCAUCGGCAAUCAACUUCCAGAUGAGGUCACAACAAUCCUCAAGGACGAGGGUACCGGACCACUCAUCAAAUUCUUGCGUGAGCAAGCACCGGUGCCUCCACCCCCUGUCGAGCGAGAUUGGAUCGUUUUGGAUGACACUCCCGUCACCGCCAAUGAGAAGAUCACCGUGAUGACCUACAACACCCUUUGUGACAAGUACGCGACACAAUCUCAGUAUGGUUAUACUCCUUCCGCCGCAUUGUUGUGGACACACCGCCGGGACCUGGUUCUCGAAGAAAUCCGUGGUCGCGACUCGGACAUUGUAUGUCUUCAAGAAAUCGAUCAGAGGAGCUACAACGAAUUCUUCCGACCCUCGCUCGCGCACAAUGACUACAAGGGGGUCUACUGGCCGAAGGGCCGCGCGAAAACCAUGGGCGACAAGGAUGCCGAGCUCGUCGAUGGCUGUGCGACGUUCUACAAGAACAGCAAAUUCAUUCUCCUCCAGAAAGAGGUGAUCGAUUUUGCGAAUCAAGCCAUUAACCGACCGGACAUGAAAGGCGAACAUGAUAUCUUCAACCGUGUCAUGCCGAGAGACGAUAUCGCAACCGUGUCGUUUCUGGAAAACCGCAUGACUGGCGCCCGACUCAUGGUCGUGAACGCCCAUAUCUUCUGGAACCCGGUGUUCAAGGAUGUCAAAGUCAUUCAAGUCGCGAUUCUCCUGGAACAGCUUGGGGUUCUCGCCGAGAAAUUCACGAAGGUCGCACCUUGCAGUGAGAAGGACAAAGUCCUGUUCAAAUUCGCGAACAGCGAUCAGGACGAGGCUGCCGCACCGCCGGAAGAGCAACCCAAUCCCGCACCAUCGAAGAAAUAUUCCUCCGGGACCGAUAUUCCGGUGAUCAUGUGCGGUGAUUUCAACAGCAUGCCCGGAUCCGGCGUCUACGACCUCAUCGCGCACGGUAACCUCUCCCACGCGCACAGCGACCUCAUGAACCGCAAGUACGGCAACUUUACUAAGGAAGGCGUCGGCAUGAGUCACCCGUUCAAGCUGAAGAGCAGCUACAGCAACAUCGGGGAGCUGUCCUUCACCAACUACACUCCAACGUUCACCGGCGUCAUCGACUACAUCUGGUACUCCGCCAAUGCGUUCCAAGUCACGGGCCUUUUGGGUGAAGUGGAUAAGGACUAUCUGGCGUGCGUUCCUGGUUUCCCGAACUAUCAUUUCCCGAGUGAUCAUCUUGCGCUCUUGGCGGAGUUUGCGGUGAAGGCGCGGAAGGAUAGAUAGGUGGGCGCGGAAGGCAAAAGAGUCAGCCGGGGUGCAUAGAGCUUUUCUAGAGGUAUCCUGAACAUCAGAGCGGUGGAACGGCAUAUUAUCCCGGCUAUUUGUCGAUAGAUCCGUUGGAAAGUCGAGGCAUUCGGGAAACACUGGUGCUGAUGCAGGCCUAGGAUUGUGGUGUGAUUUUUUUCUCUCUCUUCAUCGGGCGCCUCUGCGAUCCAUUAGGGGUGUGGCAUGGACAUCCAGGCGUUUGUAAACCAUGUGGGAGGAGUUUGAAUUUGCGGUUCGUUUUUUCUGCGUGGUGGUUAUGAUGGGCUUCAUGUGUUGUCCUUUCUUUAGGCUAGGUUAGCUGGUUGGCUUUGCAGACCAUCAGGGUCUGUGAUCUAGUCAUCAAGACUCGUCAAUAAUUCAUUCAAUUACCCUUG